AUGGACCCUACCGAGUUGCACGAUACCACCAUGGUUGACGAGACCUCCCCGAACAACGUCGACAUGAUUGACGAUGUCGACAUUGAGACGACGCCCAAGACCGAGGAGGAGUACGCUCAGUCCAUGCUGACUCUUCGCGCCAUCGUUUCGUCCAAGGAAGCCGGCAUCAUCAUCGGCAAGUCUGGCAAGAACGUUGCUGACCUGCGUGACGAAACCGGCGUCAAGGCUGGUGUGAGCAAGGUUGUUCCUGGUGUUCACGACCGCGUCUUGACCGUCACUGGUCCUCUGAACGGCACUGCCAGAGCCUAUGCUUUGGUUGCCAAGGGUUUGCUCGAGGGCGCCCCUCAGAUGGGCAUGGGUGGCAUUGUGUCCAACAAUGGAACUCACCCCGUUCGGCUUUUGAUCUCUCACAACCAGAUGGGUACCAUCAUCGGACGCCAAGGUCUCAAGAUCAAGCACAUCCAGGAUGCGUCGGGCGUGCGCAUGGUCGCGCAGAAGGAAAUGCUCCCCCAGUCGACCGAGCGUAUCGUCGAAGUGCAGGGCACCCCCGAGGGUAUCGAGAAGGCCGUCUGGGAGAUCGGAAAGUGCCUGAUUGACGACUGGCAGCGCGGUACCGGUACUAUCCUGUACAACCCCGCCGUCCGUGCGUCUGUUGGAACUACCCCUAGCACCAGCACCAUGAACCAGAGCGUCGGCAAUGGCUACAACAGCCGUCCUUACAACCGCACCGGUAACGGUGCCGACUUCAGCGACCAGUCCGGUGGCUACGGCAGGCGAUCCAACCCCGACACCAGCAACCGUGGUUACCCGCUUGUCACCGAAGAUGGCGAGGAAAUCCAAACACAGAACAUCAGCAUCCCCGCUGACAUGGUUGGCUGCAUCAUUGGCAGAGGUGGUAGCAAGAUCACCGAGAUCCGCAGGAGCUCUGGAGCCCGGAUCUCCAUCGCCAAGGCUCCCCAUGACGAGACGGGCGAACGCAUGUUCACCAUCAUGGGUAGCGCUCAGGCGAACGAGAAGGCUCUUUACCUUCUGUACGAGAACCUCGAGGCUGAGAAGACCCGCCGCAGCCAGCUUCAGGAGUAA